UCGUGCUGGCUGCAGAAGUGUGCGUAUGGAACGGGGUGGGAAAACGCACAUCACUGCAUUCGGCAUCAGUUUUUUUCAAGAUGGCGAACGUGCGGGACAGCGAUAUUUCUCUGUGGCUACACAAUAAGCUUGGUACAUCAAACGACUCGUGGAUAAGCGGCUCAAUCACGUCCCAGCUGAACAAGGAAGUGCUGCGAAACAUUAAGGAGUGUUUUCCGGAUCUGCAGACGCAGGUUAAGCUGAAACUGCUGCUGUGUUUUUUACAAAUUCCGCGACGGAUCGUCGAAGAGUGGAAAACGGAACUAGAGGAAGUGAUCGAAGUUGCUGGUCUCGAUUCAGAGCUAUGGGUAUCGAUGAUAGCAGAAACGAUAAAAACCUUACCGAACACCGGUUCCUUGAAUACGGAAAUUACCGAUUACGAAGAGACGCGUCCAGUUUUCACAGACAUGGUGAACGAGCUACGGCGGUUGUUCGUGAAAAAUGCCGACGUCGCAAUACUUCCCCUAGAAUUCCAGUAUCUCAACAAACCGACGAUUGUUUCGGUGGUCGGACAGCAGACAACGCCAGUGAAACACUUUACCCUCAAACGUAAACCGAAAAGUGCAACAUUACGGACGGAGCUGCUGCAAAAGUCUUCCGAUGCACAGAGCUGCCUCAAGAAGAUAUCUGCACCGACAGUGCCUUUACGGUCGCGUGGCAUACCACGCAAAAUGACCGACACGACACCACUCAAGGGUAUACCUUCGCGCGUACCAACCGGUGGCUUCCGUUCACCUCCGACCACACCUGGCCAAACACGGCCCGGAUUGAGCCGAACGCCAGCCGGUAGAAAGGACGGCGGUAUUAAGCUGCUCGAAAUAGGCGAACAACCAUUGGGUUACGCGGCCGCGAAAAAACGUAAGCGCGAGCAGGAAAAGGAAGAGCAGGCCAAGAAGGUUGCGGAACAACAGAUUCAAAGCGUAAACGAUACAAAACCGGCGACAGCAACGCCAACCACGUCAAGUCCAACCGUUACGACAACGCCCGACUAUGCGGCAGGUUUAUCCGCCCCUUCGACAGUGUACAGCCAGCCCGCAACACCAAUGCCUGCCACAUCCGGCAGUAAGGAUACUUCGUCUAGCGUAAUGUCUACGUCGAUUGCAUCGAGUGCAGCGCAGGCCCAAACUCAACAGUCGCAACAACAGCAAACAACAUCAACCUCACAGGCGCAGCUUCAGCCACCACCGCAGAGACCCCAGCAACAAACGCAGCCGACGAUACCGACAGUUCAGCAAUCUCAGCAGCAACAAACCUCCUCUCAAGCAACUUCCGCUCCAGCAGCAGCGGAGGAAGAGGAAGAGAUUGAGAUGAAAAACAUAAAAACAGAAUCCAUUAGUUUAUCCACGCCCUCUUCUUUGCCGGUUAGUUCCGUGCCCAGUGUAAGUUCAGCGCCUCCUCCGCUGGCAUAUCCUGCUUCGAAAACGCUCUCCGCCACGGUUAUCAAAACCGAUCCUGGUAGUGCUGUUGCGACAAGUACGGUUGGCAAUUCUAUGGUAACAUUAUCGACACAACCACCGUCGUUGGUACGAACUGUCCCAUUAACACCUAAGCAGGCUAAAUCGGUGCUCCAAACGCAACCCGCAACGACCGGUGGUGUGCAGAUCAUCCAAAAAUCCACUGGCAAAACGAUCAGUGCGGCAGCCGCAGCUGCUGCAGCAGUCACGAGCAGCAGCAACACCAACCCGCAGCAGAAAAUUGAAAUUAUCUCGUCCGAAUCGAUCGUUCCUGGCACGUUGCACGCUUCCAUUCCGAAAUCGACGACCAUUAUCAACCGUGGUGGCAAUAUACUGUUCACCACGAAACAGGUGCAGCCCGGCACAACGACACCAGCCGGCACCGGAACCACCAUAAUACAGCAGAAAACACCACUAACUUCGUACGUGCUGAAUACGACCUCACCCGGCAAACAGCUCAACAUUCAGCGGAUAGUUUCGAACGCCAGCUCCGCCGGUACUCCGACCCUUACGACAACCAUUUCGCGUGCUUCACAUCAGCAACAAUUAUUGCAACAGCAACCGCAACAAAUUCAAGUGCAAGGCCAACAGACCGCCGGGCAACCGACUCGGAUUGUACAAAUUAAGACCGCUCCAACUGUUUCGUUAAACAACAACCAGCUGAUGCAAAAUAUCCCACCCUUAAUAUCUACCCAAAUACCGGCCGGUUCAACGCAACCGACGAUACUAAACAUUCAAUCAGUCCAACAGCAGCAACAGGGCCAGCAGAAUCAACUGCAAAUUACACCGACGGCCGUGCCACAGAAGCGCACGAUCACGAUCACAGCACAAAACCCGCCAACGGCCGGUAUGACUACCUCCGUUGCUCAAAUUCUUCAACACCAACAGCAGCUGCAGCAGCAACAGCAGCAACAACAGCAACAACAAGCCCUACAAGCGACUGCGGCUGCUGCAGUCGGUCAACAACCAAAGUACACGCAGGUGGUUAUGCCACCGAACGUUAAGGGCAAUACGUACUACGUCACGAACGCGGCGAACGUAUCGAACGUCCUUAACCAGAAAGGUGUCAUCAUACAAACGGUGGACGCAUCGGGUAACACCGUUUACCAGCAGAUUCCGUUACAAAAUGUGUCCGGGUUGGGCGGUGCCACCAUACUAACCGGACCGCCAGGACUGAUAAAAACCGAAUCGGAGACAAAGCUGAGCCAAAUACCUGCUCUGGUGCCGACCAGCUCGUUGCAUCAGAAUAUUCCGGCCCUAACGCCGGUAGUAAUUCAACCGAGUGGAGGUCAGGGUACUACCGUGGUACAGCAGCAGCAACAACAGCAAGGCGCAACAAUACCGGCCCUCAUAACGAACAUUUCCCAGCAGCAGCUCCAACAGCAGCAGCAACAAAAGCCACAGGUACAGCAGCAGGUGAUUUUCCGUCCCGUCGGUGGAUCGAACAAUGUGCAAACGAUUUUGCCACAAGGAAUUACGCUUAUUCAACGGCCCGGCGGACAGCCGAAGCUAGUGCAAACGAUACAGCAACCGGCAGGCCAGCAGCAGCAACAGCUGCUUAAAGCAGCGGCAACGGCGGGACAGGUAGGGCAGCGUACGAUUAUUACGCAAAUUCCCCAGCAGCAGCAACAGCAGCAGCACACGAUCCAGUUCCAGGCGCCAGGAUCGCAACGUGCCGGCGGUACGACCAUACAGCUAGUCCAGCAACCUCAGCAGCAAAGCCAAACCCAACAGCUACAGGUGCAGCGUGCGCAGUUGAAGCAGGUGCAGCAACAGCAAGGAACUACGGUUACGAUACAGCAACAGUCGCAAGGCAGUGGUCAGCAGCAACAACAACAAUCCCAGCAGACCCAGCAGCAGCAAGCGGGUGCAAGAAAAGGGCUUUCUAUAUCUAGCAAAUAUUAUAUGGAAGCGCACGAUAUGUUUAAACGGGCCAACUGCGUGUCACGAUUAGAAAAGGCAAUAAUUAUCGGUUUCAUGGCCGGCUACCGGAACAAUCCUAGACCGUCGCCGGAAAACGUUGUCACCAUCAAGCUGAACGAAAGUUUUGAAACAGUGCACCAAGACGACAGAACAGCACUUAUGCUGGUAGAAUCGCUCAUCACGCUCGACUACAACACGGGCCAGUGGAGAACAUUUCGAAAGUACCGUGAAGUCGACCAAUCGCAAUCGCAGCAAAUCGAAGGUGCUAGCAGUGACACGACGGUGGCAACCGUUGGCACGAAUGCAACUGCGACCAGUGCCAGCGGGACGGGUGCAGCCGCCGGGCAGCAAAAUUCGGUAGUUAUUUAAUAUUUAGCAUAGAGUGCA